AGAUGAAGAUGCUGGGUUGUGCGAAAAAUAACACGAAAACCACUAUACGACCCGAUGAACAUGAGGACCUUCUUGGUUUGGACGUUUCUUUCAAGAGAGUGAGAUGGAAGGACACAGAGCCCUGUGGAGGUGGCCCUUUGGUGGAAACGAUCAUCAGGACUGCGGAAGACUACGAGCGGGAACGAGUGUACGGUUCUUACGUCGAGAAUUACGGCAGCUUUUCUACACCCAAAAACUGCAUUGGCGGUCCUCGUGGUGCAAGAACUACUAAGUUCGAUGA